AGGCUGUAUCCAUCACAAACCAAACUUUAGUUUAGAGUAUAAAAAGGGUGGAUCCGCUCACCAGAAGCACCAGAGGCACCACUUUUCUUUUCUUGGACUUCCUCUCCUCUCCUCUCCUCAUCUUCACAGACAUGUCAGGGAAGGUUCUUGUGAUGUUUGCACUGCUGGCUGCACUGGCUGUGUCUGGUGCAGACUCUGCGCCUGCAGAGUCUCAGGAGAGCAGCACACUACACCAGCUUCUGGCCCACAAGGAGAAGACGAGGGACUGGUCUCGCAGACAGGAUCUGGCACCUCAGACUCACUCUGCACGGAUGCAGAGACGGGCACACCUAUCUGAGGACGAACGAGAGAUCAUGACCAAGCAAAUAAUGCAAGCCAUUUCAGAGAUGAUAAAUACAGAGUGCUUGCCAGAUCGUGAUUACCAGGGCUGGGUGGACUUCGGACGCCGAGACGCAGAAUGAGACACAACAAAACAAGCGUGGACCUCACACUGGUUUAUGUUCAGCUUUUAUGGAAAUGCUUGCACUGUCCCUGCAACUUUUUAAAUAA